CCCCUUUUAUGUAUUUAAGGAUACUGAGAUUAUCUCCUUCGAAUAUGACGUUCCUAUAACCUAACGAUGAGCAUGCUUGCAUUGACCAAAUCAGUGCAGACAAUUCCGACUCCAUAACUGUUGAUCGUCCUUCAAAAUUUCCCAUUCCAGCUUCUAAAAGAGUACCAUGUUUAUUACGGAUUAACCAACCCAUUCCAGAGUCGUGAGGACCUUCACGGUGAGCAGCGUCGUAGUUACAUUUGACCCAACCUGAAGGGGGGUGGAGACCAAUGAGACCGAAGCACAUUGUUAUUUUCUUUAAAUGUUUUAACUCGGCAAAAACGUGGUUAAUGCAUCUACUAUUUUGAGUUUUGAAAGUUAUGCAAAUUGUUAAAACAUGUUUGAUUCUUGAUUUAAUCAUUUACCCGUACGUGCGUGCAUUGGUCACCUCCACGAUUACGGACGCAACGUGUCAUGUGUGUGUGGCAUAGCAAGUACAAUAGUUCAAGUAUAUUUGAUUUUUCGGUCUGACUUCCAGAAAAAAAUUCGAUUUUAAAAAGGAAAUUGAGUUGAAAUAGUGAAAAAAUGGAUGACAUAUGAAAAAAAAAUGUGCAAGUGAAACUAAAAUACAGAGAAAAGUUAUGUGAAGAUUGAAAGAUCAGUAAACGAAAUUUUUGAAUAUUCAAAAAAUUAAUGCACAACUCGUAGGAUGCAUAUUACCUUUGACGGUUGAAGCGUUAUAGUGGUAUCAGUGGCGAACCCAAACGAAUGUAAACUUUUGUGUGGGCUUGCAUUAACAUAUGUGACGAGACGGUGAAUUCUAACAUUCUAGUUUGUGUAUAUGUGUACUUAUUAGAAUUGAUUUGACUACAUAUAUCACCAAAAUACAUUUUCUGUUUUAGUUACACAUUCAUAUAAACUAUAGAGUUAUAACAUGCUUGAAUUGAAAUAGUAAAAACAGGGUUCUAAAAAUCGGUCUAGGCGGCGCCUAGGCCCCCGCCUAGGCAGCAACUUGGUCCUAUCCGAAACGAUUUUCUUAAAAUCCGAUUUAUACCAAUUUAUAUGAUUCAAAUUGGUUUAAACUAUUCUAAAUCGGUUAAAAUCGAUCUAAAAUUGUCUAUAUAUGUUAAAUAAAACAAUAAUAUUAUUAUAAAUCUACAAAUUUGUCUACUUUCUUCUGUUUUGUAUAUCUAAUUUUGAUAAUUCAUCACAAUAAUUUUAUAAUUAAACUUAAAAACUAAAAUAUGUUAUACAAAUGUAUAAAAUAUAUAAAAUAAAUCAACAAUUUGCUAACGCCUAGGCCUCGCCUAGGCCCCGAAUAAUCCGCCUAGUCGUUAGUCCUCUAUAAAGCGCCUAGUUACCGCCUAGCGAUUUUUAGAACAUUGAGUAAAAAUAUGGGUGAUAUAUCGAGAAAUGAUUCGCGAUAUUGUGUGAAUGUGGCCAAAACAGAGGAAAAUAUGGUCAAUAAACAAAACUUUCAAACUUUCACAAAAAUCAACACAUCCCCUAUAUAUUAAAGGAGAAGCACUUAAAAGUUUCUUUAAUCGUGUAUUGGCAAGGUGUAUGACAUGGCUUCAUGAAAAGGUUUUAUUUACCAAAACGCGUACGUGUCAAGCAGAGAUCGUUUCUCAUAAAAAAAACUGAGUUUAAUGCAAACAUGACUUUCCUUUAACAGAACUAUAAUAAUAAUCUCGAUGACUUUCCUUCUGACAUAUCUUCGAUGUACACAGUUUUCUCAACGACGUUUUUAGUUAUUUUCAUUCAGCUUCGAAUACAUCAUAUAAUCUCGGUUGUAAAUAUAAUCAUAGAUCCAUGAUCAACACUAACAAAAAAUCCUCUUAUCUUGUGUUAACCUUUAUCUCCUGAUCUUGAUGGAAGCGUUCGAAGAGCUGAUAGCAACCUCAAAGGAGCAAUCACUGAUCCUCAAAGGGAAGCGGACAAAGCGACAACGUCCAAAAUCACCUGUUCCUUUCUCUAUCUAUCCUCCUAUAGUUUCUUGCCCCGCACGCGACUUUAUAGAGGAAUACACUUAUCUUGAUUUUGAUUCCAAAGAAAACGCCUUAGGCAAUAAUGUGGAGAACCACAAGAAGGAUGGUGUGAUCACGUCUUCAUCUUCGUCAGCCUCUUGGUCUUCUAACAACAAUCCAACAACAUCGAAAGUCGAAGAAGACGAGGAAGAUCUAGAUAUAGCCAGUUGUUUGAUCGUCCUUUCCCAAGGCCACUCUCUUCCACAUCUUAAGAUACCUAACCACGAAACAAACAACAAUAACACGUAUAAAUUUAGCAGCAGGAGGUUCCUAGAGACUUCUUCAUCUAACGGUGGUGGUAAAGCUGACAGCUUCGUUUAUCAGUGCAAACCAUGUGACUGGACCUUCUCUUCUUUUCAGGCUUUAGGUGGCCAUAGAGCUAGCCACAAGAAACAUAAGGCAACCUCCUUUUAUUCCAACCUUGACCACGUUUUUGUGUACGAUGACAUGUAUGUUCAGAUGGUACAAAAAAAUCGUGUUUUUGUGUAUGAUCACAUGUAUGUGUCCAGCUUUCGUUUUGUAUGAUCACAAUAAGGAACCAAUUUAGUUAUCUGUUGUACGAAUAUGAUUAUGUAUUGAACAUGGGACGAACUGGACCAUUUAGAUGUUGUAUUCACGUGGUGUUUUUAGUUGGAGCUAAUAUGACGUGCCCAAUUAUUUAUCACAUAAACAUGAAAUCUUAGACGUUGAAUUUAUUGUAGAUUAUUAUGUCCGGUUUGUAUAUGCUUGGUUUCCAAGUUUUCAAUAAGUUAUGAAAAAAAUUCAAAACUCAAUGUACAUUCCUUAUAAUAUAGAUUUAGGAUAUUUUAGCCUACCAUUUACUGAGUUCUUUCCUAAUUAACAAAACUGAGAAAGUAUAAACCUAAUGUUAAGAGGAUAGUAUAUAUUGAGUAACCCGAAGCCUCUCUUAAUCUCCAAUCCAAAACAAAACACCGUAGAGUAUUGAUCAUAAAGAUGGCUGGAAUUUGGAGAAAUUGUGAGUUUAUAAUGUGAGUUUAUACAAUCAUGUAUAUAAUGUACUACAAAUCAAUGUGAGUUUAUAAUGAUUUAAAAAUAUUUUAAUAAAUAGUUAACAUAAUUAGUAUUUUUUAAUAGUAUUGAUGUUAAUUUUUUUUUUUACUUUCAGGAUUCUAUUCCGCGCAUUUUGAUUCGAUAACAAGAGAAUUGAAGAUUUUAAUUUAUUAUCUUAUGAAAGUUUUUUGUUAUUUUGGUUUUUUAUUGAAAACUAAUUAUGUAUUUUAGAGGAUGGAAUUUCUUUCAAUUGCUUUUAUUCGGUAUAACUACGUUUUUUAUAUUUCGAGAGAUGAACUUUCUUAAUUUCUCACAGUUAUUGUUUUGAUUAUAAUAUGUUAUUGAUCUACCGUUAUUUUUUGGAAGUUGAUCAACAUCAAAACGAGUAAUUGGCUCCAGUGAACACAUAUAUACAAUCACGUGUAAUCACUGAGUCGAUAAUAUCAUAAUUAAAUGAAUCAUACAUUUAUAUUUUUAUUGAAAACUAAUUAUGUUAUACUUAAUCAUAUAAUUUCAACAAUGUAUCUUAUUCCGCGGGUAAUAAGAUCUAUAAAACGAAUUAACAUGCGUAAAAAUCACAUUAGCCAUAGACGAUUGGAAGUCAGAAAUUCAAUCAUUUCAUAUGAAUGCAGCUAAAAGAGUCGUAUAUACUAAAAUAUUUAAGUCAACAUAUGACACUUCUCAAAAAUAAAAUUAAAACGUGUUAAAAUCUAUGUUUUUCUUUGAGCAAAUCUAUGUUUAUUAUAUAACAAUGGACGUAAUAGUGACCAUGUGUCGAGACAAAACAAUAAUACAAUAGCCAAGCAAACGAAUAUUAGUAGAGCCCACCACUUUCGAAGGCUAAACCAAUCCUACAAGGAGAUUAAUACAUUACAUAGGACCCCUUCCCUUUCAAAUAAGUUGUGUUCUUGUUAAGUUACCAUGGCUCCUUCCACUCCAAAACCUAUGGAUACAGUCCAUGAUUGCCC